AUGGCACUCAGAACACAUCUGUUUUUUCCAAACACCCUUAUCCGACCUCCGAAAUUCCACUCUUGUCCCUUCCCGACUACAACCCAUUUCAGAACCCGAAUCCCAUGCACCAACAAAAACAGCUUAACUGAUGCGGAUCUUGCAUCAGGUUUGGCCACAGAAGUUGCAAAAAUAAAUACCCAUUUGGUGCAAAGAGAAGAGGCCAUGAAGAAAAGCAGAGAAUUACUUUUCACUGAGCUUUGCAACUAUUUGGCAUUGGAUAAAGAGGAAGUGAAGAGGAAAUGGAGCAAAAUGGAUAAAGAGGAGAGAAGGGUCUUGGUUAAAGGCUUUGUUAAUGAAUGGGGUGCCAAUUUUCACCCUUUAUCUGCUAGGUCUGUCAAAGAAAUGAUUGAAGAGUAUUUACAUGAAGAGAAGCCAUCUUCAAACUCUUCUCGUUCAACGCUGUUUCCUGGUUUGAAGAGGAUAAUGGGGUUUUCUGAAUAA